AAAGUUGGCUGAGUCUAUAUAAAGGCGCCAAGUUUAGUUGGAGCACAAACCCAAACACUUGCCGUAGUGCCUCAGAGAACUAAAAUGGAUUACCUGUAUACAACAGGAGCAGUCAUAGCUUCAUUGUUGAGUGUUGUUUUCUUAUACACUUUUAGAGGGAAGAGGAAGAAUGUCAAGGCUUCAAUGAAGACUCAAAAUGGGAAACUUUUGAAGAGCUCUGGAAAUGGAAUGUGUUUGCCGGCAAAGAUGGGUGCAAGUCCUGACAUUGUCAUUGUUGGUGCUGGAGUUGUUGGUUCGGCACUUGCUUAUACACUUGGGAAGGAUGGCCGCCAAGUGCAUGUGAUUGAAAGAGACUUGACUGAACCAGAUAGAAUUGUUGGUGAACUGCUACAACCUGGGGGAUAUCUGAGAUUGAUUGAGUUGGGCCUUGAAGAUUGUGUGAAUGAGAUUGAUGCUCAGAGAGUUUUUGGCUAUGCGCUUUACAAGGAUGGGAAAAGUUCCAAGCUGCCAUAUCCCUUGGAAAACUUCCAUCCAGAUGUGGCUGGCAGAAGCUUUCACCAUGGCCGUUUCAUUCAAAGGAUGCGUGAAAAAGCUGCAUCUCUUCCCAAUGUAAGGUUGGAGCAAGGCACAGUGACAUCGCUGCUUGAGAAAAAGGGUACUGUCAAAGGGGUCCAAUACAAACCCAAAGGCAGUGAUCAGGAGCUCACUCUACAUGCUCCCCUGACAAUAGUCUGCGAUGGUUGCUAUUCAAACUUGCGACGCUCUCUGUGCGAUGCGAAGGUUGAUAUUCCUUCAUGUUUCGUUGGUUUAGUUCUUGAGAAUUGCCAGCUUCCAUACGCAAAUCAUGGGCAUGUGAUAUUAGCAGAUCCUUCACCGAUAUUGUUUUAUCCUAUCAGCAGCACCGAGAUUCGCUGCCUGGUUGAUGUACCAGGCCAGAAAGUGCCUUCAAUUUCCAGUGGUGAAAUGGCUCACUACUUGAAAACAAAAGUGGCACCCCAAGUUCCACUUGAGCUGCAUGCUGCUUUCUUGGCUGCCAUUGAUAAUGGAAACAUAAAAUCAAUGCCAAACAGAAGCAUGCCUGCUGCUCCUCAUCCCACCCCUGGUGCCUUUCUAAUGGGGGAUGCAGUCAAUAUGCGCCAUCCUUUAACUGGAGGAGGCAUGACUGUGGCUCUAUCGGACAUUGUGGUUGUUAGGGAUCUUCUAAGACCUCUGGACAAUCUCAAUGAUGCAUCAGCUCUUUGCAAAUACCUCGAGUCGUUCUAUACUCUUCGUAAGCCUGUGUCUUCUACCAUAAACACAUUGGCAGGUGCUCUAUACAAGGUGUUCUGUGCAUCUCCUGAUCCAGCAAGGAAAGAAAUGAGGGAAGCAUGCUUUGACUACUUGAGUCUUGGUGGCAUGUUUUCCAAUGGACCUCUGGCUCUUCUCUCUGGUCUAAACCCUCAUCCAUUGAGCUUGAUUCUCCACUUCUUUGCUGUGGCUAUCUACGCUGUUGGGCGGCUGUUACUUCCAUUCCCUUCACCCAAACGCAUGUGGAUUGGAGCUAGAUUGAUUUUGGGUGCAUCAGGGAUCAUUUUCCCGAUAAUCAGCGCUGAAGGAGUAAGACAAAUGUUCUUCCCUGUAAUGGUUCCAUCCUAUCACAGAGCUCCUCCUGUUAAUUUACAUGACUUUGAUAACAAGGCAAUCAGAUAAACAAGAAGAAAUAAUUUAGGGCAUGGAGCGGCUUUCAACAUUUUUUUUUUUGAAAAGGGCUAGUGCGGCUGCCCUCAAACCUUGAUUAAUGAAAUUGCAGAAUACAAGGGGGGACGUAAACCCUGAACCCCAGAUUACAAUAAACAUAAAGAUAACAUAGAUUCUAAGAUAAGCUAGUUUGUAUGAAUAUAGAUUCUUCGAUGUAAAAAUUUCUGGUCUUAAUCCAUGCUUGAGUUUGAAAAGAAAAUCAUUGUACUGAAGAAGCUGAAAUUUAAUGUAUUACUCACAUUGUGACAUUAAAGGGCUUGCACAGAUGUUAUACUUCAUUUACGAUUGGAGCCUUAAGGCACAACGUUUUUCCAUCCAAAACUGUUGGAUGCCUCUAACAAAAGAGCAAUCAUUCCAUUCCACAAGCUGUUAAUUAGGUAGUGAAAUGAGAGAGUUCACCCCUCGUAUCAUAUGGCUCAGAAAGUAGGUCCGCAACAUGUAUCUACUACACACUUGCUGUGGUUAGAUUUAACUGUCAUUUUUUUUAAGUAGAGAAGAGAAACAAUAGCAUUAUUUAUUAUUUUAUUUUUAUUUUUUGAGAGAAAUGAAUGAAAUUUAUAGACACUUAACCAUCAAUACAAUCAAAUUGAAUAGCGUUUACCACACCUGGAGGAGCUUCUGCUAAAAAUAAAGAUCGACUAUCUAUAUUUCUAGCUAAAUGUGCAAGUAGAUGAGCCACCUGAUUGGCAGAUCGUCUAACAUAAACUAGAGAAUUAAUAAUGUGGCAACCUUACAAAAGAACCUGUAAAUAAAGCAUAAAAAAACAAGAUACCGAGUAACUUUAUAUAAAUCACCGUUAAUGAAAUUGACCGUCACGACGAUG